GUUUCACCGAACCGUCGUCCAGGAAAGCUUCAAUUCGCUCGAGAUAAUUUUGCAAAAAUUUCGUGAGCAUCAGUUGUGUUCGCUAUAGUGUUGUUUUAGUUUCAAAAAAGAAUCAAACGGUAGUGUUUAUUCGAAUUUGUUUCGGAGACGUGAUUUUUGGUCUUUGUUAAAGGCUAUUAGAAGUUUUACCUCGUCCAGAGAACUCUAGUUUCGGUUCCUGUCAGCUUCAGAAGUCAACCAGGCGACUCAAUUUGUGCUCCAAAGUUCGAAGUGUCAACCUGGCGACACACCUAGAUCGAGUAAAGUCAACCAGGCGGCUUUUUUCGAUUCAGAAGAGGUCAACGUGGUGACCUGAAAUCGUUUGCGACGAAAUUCGAGUAAAACAAUCUCCUUUCUCAAAGUGAACUAGUGCACGUUUCAACGCACCACAUCUUCGAUUGUUCGUUUUGCAGUCGAGCUCACUAAAACGUGCACUAAUCCGACCAGAUAAGCAGUAUCUCGUGUGGUAAUUUUUACUCAAAAUAAACUGCUACUGAAAGAACAGGUAUUUACGUUUAUCAUCUGCGUAGUCAUGCCAUCUCGUAAAGAUUCGUCGAAAAUUCCGUCGCAAAAUUCAUCGAACGUCGAGCCAACCCAGUGCGAAAAUCUCGUCGAAAAUAGUCCGCAUUCAGAUCACUCGCAGGAGAUCUCCAUCUCCAACGAAUCAAACGAGCCCGAGUUUGAAUUUUCACUCAUCCAGUAUCCGAAGAUUCUCGGCCUAGAAGAGCUCGAGAUGAACGACUUUAGCCAAUUUUGCAAAUUAACAGAAAAUUGGGCUCGAGAAAACGACGAAAAUAACGACACAAUUCUGCCGAGUGUCAUCAACAGUGAACACAUCAAAGAGGAGUCUGAGGAAGACCUCAAAGAAGUAGUCGAGCAACUGAGAAAUAAAAAUCUACUCGUUACGAAAGCCAUCUACGUCCUUGGCGAAGAGAUGGUCCAAAUACGAGAUGAGAAUCGAUAUUACAAACGUGAAAUUGAGAGUCUCAAGCACAAGAUGGAGCAAUUUGAGGCGAUCGGGGGGCCAAGUCGGCCACGUCGCUUGCAGCAUUUGCGACAGAAGAGAUCUGUCAGCAGCAGAUCAUCGAGUAUGGGCCGAGUCUCCGAACCUAGAACGAGAUCGUCGAGUCGUUCUUCAUCUGGAGAACGUGGCCAAAGUCAGAAUCGUUCCCAUAGUCAAGAACGAAGAGAAUAUUCACAAAAUGAAGUGCCAGUCAGCAAAAAAAACAGCCAGAAUCGUUCCCAAGGUCGCGAACGAAUGACUCGAAAUACUCAACGUUCUCGUUCUCGUUCUCCUCAUGCCCAUCGAAUUCGAAUGAGACCCACAGUUCGAUCCAGCAAAGGUGGAACAAACAAGUCCAGACACCUUAACGUCUCCAAAACUGCCACCCUUUCCAAGAAACCAAUCCAGACUGAACGUCUAGAGUGCUCCGAUCUUCAGAAACUCCCUCUCCACGAAUUCGAGCUCAUUGGCGACUCGUUGAGUUUCUACUUAGCCAAUAUUAUAUCGAAAGUGACCAAAAAUGUGAGCAAACCCUACCUCAAGGAGCAAAUCACCCUCGCAGAUUUAUACAAAUCGAUCAAACCAGUCACAUUCACCAAAAGCAAAGCGAUCGUAUCUAUGGGUCAAUACGAGCUGAAUUUCUCCACCUUGCAAAACGAGUACGUUGUGCAAGAAAUGGUCAAAGUGAUCGACUUGCUGAUUGCUGAGAAAUGUUUCGAAAAAAUCAUCAUUCUGUUUCCGGUCAUCAAACCUGUCGCAGGGAACCAAAAACCGGUUUCUAGGAAACAAUAUUUCGCGUAUAGACAAAUGUUCAAGUCGGUAUGCGAUCAAAGGCAGAUACCCUUCUGGUGGACUCCUUCAGCCGUCUUUUUGCAACGCAGAAAAGAUGAAAAACAUCCUGGAAAUAAGCUGAAGUUCGACCAAGAUGAAGAUGGCAACAUGAUCCCGGUAAUAUCCAAGUUUUAUCAUCGUGAACGCGGCGGGAAAUUGAAAUUCUACCCGAAGUUGAUGCAAAAAAAGCAAGUUCUCGUCGAAAUGAAUAAACUGUAUAAUCGCAAACUAAUGCAAAUCGAGGCAGAGGACCUCGAGCAAAAAAUAGAAAUGUAGAGGUAAUCGAAGAUAAAUUCGAGGAAUUCGAACAAAUGCAGGUACGAAGACGAUAAAAGAUACCUGAGGUGUGCAAAGUUCGUUCAGAAUACGUCGAGAAAAGCUGCAGUCAGCCCUUUGGGGCUGAAAAUUACACCGAACUAGCUUGGCACCAAAACGAACGCUGCAGACCUCAGUCGAAUCUCAAAACCACCUCCGAACAAGGACGAUGACCUUUGGAAAUUUCCUUACAAAGAAUUUGAGUUCAUUGGCGAUUCGUUGAGCUUCUAUUUGGCCAAUGUUGUAUCGAAUGUGACAGGAAAUACGAGUAUGAGCAAAUUCUACCUCGAGAAACUUUCCCUCGCAGAUUUAUACAAGUCGAUCAAACCAGUUACAUUCACCAAAAGCAAAGCGAUUGUUUCCAUGCCUCGAUUUGAGCUGAAUUUUGCCAGUUUAGAUAACAAAAGUCAAGAAAGUGGUCGACUUGCUGAUUGAGAAAUGUUUUGAAAAAAUCAUCAUCCUAUUUCCAGUGAUCAAACCAGUUGUAGAAAGUCAAAAAAGGUGUCUAUGAAAAGAUAUUUCGAAUACAGACGAACUUUUGAGCUCAUUGAUGUGAUCAUAAAACAGUUACAUUAUGGUGGACACCAGCAGCAGUUUUCUUGCAGCUGAAGAAAGAUGAAAAACGCUCUAGAAACAUGACGUGUGAUCAAGAUGAAGAUUGGAGUAGAGCUCAACCGAAAAUAGGAAGUUCUCAUCGAAGUCGAUAAGCUGUAAUCGUAGCUCGUAUUCUAUUUAGAUCAUUUUCGAUGUUAAUUUUGGUGCUCGUUGUUUUUGAAACCGAUAUGUUACGUAAUUGUUAUCCUUCGUACGAUGGAAAAUCCUUUACUGUUCACGAUCUUGUUUUAUGGGUACCUACUUACGUAAUUCAUUUACAGUUCGUUCGAGUUCCUCGAUAUUUAUCGUUUAUAUUUAAGUCUUAAGAUGUAUUCGACAGCGUUUAAUUGUUCUUUUGUUUCGAAUACACGAAUCAGUCGUUGAA